UUUUAGUGGAGAAAUGUCUAAUUUUGUAGGCAUUCGAGAAGAAGAUUAUUUGGAGCUGUCUGCAAAUUCGUCAUCACGCCAGGAUUUUGUAAAUAACGACAUUUGGGAUGGCCUUUUCUCCCCUUCAAAUGGACAACAACCUCAAACUUCAUAUUCCCUCUCGGAUGUGUUCAGGGAGCAAUUAGUUGUGGAGGAGCUUGAUGGGAAUUUUAUCAAGUCUACGGGAAGGGAAGCUAAAAAGCAAUCGCCUCAGUCGGUUUCUGAUGCUGGUAGUGAACAACAACAAGUUGCGUCGGUUUCGAAUGAGUUUAAGGAGGUUUCCCCUCCCUUCCAUCAAUCUUCUUCAUGCCCAACGGCUAAGAGUUCGACCAAAUCAGAAAAUAAUUCAAUUUGUUCUACUACCAAAACUUCAAGCAACUCUACAAUUCAACUGGAUUAUUCUCGUUUGAAGGCUGAACAUAGAAAAUUAAAAAAAUAUUUUGAGGCAGAUUAUAAAAACCGAUUUAAACCUCUACCUAUAAACGAAACUGUGAGAAGGCUUUGCAAUUGUGAGCCAACAUCUUUAGACUUGUACAUUUCAAAGAAGGAUAAACUUGAUUUGUUAGAUGAAGGGCUAGAAUCUGGAAAUUGGGACGUUGUUGUUACGAUCAUCCAGUUUAUUAAACGAACUUUGGACAACCCAAUUUUCCGUUCAAUUUUGAUGGAAAGGCCUGAAGCUGCUCAAUAUUAUGUUACCUAUUUAAAGGAGUCUGGCGACCGACAAGAAUUGUUAUACACGCUAUAG